AUGGAGGGCGGCGUCAGCAAGGCGGGCGGCCUGGGCCGCACUAUAUGCGUGCUGACUGGGGCUUCCCGGGGCUUCGGACGGACGCUGGCCCAACUCCUGGCCCCGUUGCUGUCGCCCGGCUCCGUGCUGGUCCUAAGCGCCCGCAAUGCCGAGGCCCUGCGGCAGCUGGAGGCCGAGCUGGGCGCCGAGCGGCUGGGUCUGCGCAUCGUGCGGGUGCCCGCCGACCUGGGCGCCGAGACCGGCUUGCAGCAACUGCUCGGUGCUCUGUGCGACCUCCCCAGGCCCGAAGGCCUGCGGCGAGUGCUGCUCAUCAACAAUGCGGCCACUCUUGGAGAUGUAUCCAAACGUUGGGUGGACCUGGCUGACCCAACUGAAGUGAACAACUACUGGACUCUGAACUUGACUUCCAUGCUCUGCCUGACUUCCAGUAUCCUGAAGGCCUUCCCGGACAGUCCUGGCCUCAGCAGGACUGUGGUUAACAUCUCGUCCAUCUGUGCCCUGCAGCCCUUCAAGGGCUGGGCACUGUACUGUGCUGGCAAGGCUGCCCGUAACAUGAUGUUCCAGGUCCUGGCGGCAGAAGAACCUAGUGUGAGGGUGCUGAGCUAUGCUCCAGGUCCCCUGGACACUGACAUGCAGCAGUUAGCCCGGGAGACCUCUGUGGACCCAGACUUGCGAAAACAUCUGCAGGAGCUGAAGAGAAAGGGGGAACUUGUGGAUUGCAAGAUAUCAGCCCAGAAACUUCUGAGCUUGCUGCAAAAUGACAAGUUCAAGUCUGGAGCCCAUGUUGAUUUCUACGAUGAAUAA